ACCCGAUACCCAUGUCGGCUACUCCACUCACCGGAUAUAACAUCGUGUCGACGCAAAUACGCGAAAAUCUUCACGGAAAAGCCUGUCCUUGGGCAGCGACAGUCUCCACCCGCGGAUAUGAAGCCGUCGGAUGCGCGCUAAUGCAUGAAGAUAGCCCAACAUGUACUCUAAUCAACCACAUAUCUAACGUCUUGAGUCACUUGCUCUCUUUCCACUGCAUUCUUCAACACUCGAAUGUCGGUGCAAACACUCUAACCAGCAGCACGAGUCCCUCACAGACUCUUCAUCCAACGCCAGUAUCUUUUCACAAUCUCGCCUUCUAUGAGUACGCAAAAUGGCACCCUCUUCCACAUCCUCCUCAGCACCCGCUGGCCAACACGCGCCCAACUCCUCCUCCACCGAACCUGAGAAGACCACCGAAUACGCCUCCAUCAUCCCCCAACCACGGAGCAAUGAAAACGGCCAAGACUGUUUGCAACUCCAACGCACAGUCUCUUCUGUCAGCCACCAUGACAUGGCCAACGUCCAAUACAUUGCUACGGGCGACAACGAUGUAAUCUACAACAAAUUCACUGAGCGCCGCAAAAUGGUCAUUGUGGCUGUUGUCUCGUUUUGCAGUUUCUUGGCUCCCAUCUCGAGCACGACGGUGCUUUCUGCUGUGCCUGAAGUCGCGGAUACGUUUGACACUGAUGGAUCGAUCAUCAACGUUUCCAACGCUUUGUACAUGCUUUUCAUGGGGCUGUCUCCUUGUUUCUAUGGACCGUACGGGAAUAUCUACGGCAGGAAGUGGGUGAGCGUUGUGAGCGCUGCGCUUUUUACUGCGUUUUCGAUUGGCACCGCGCUGGCUCCGAAUUUGGCGGCGUUUUUCGUGUUUAGGAUCCUCACUGCGUUCCAAGGCACGGCUUUCCUUGUCAUUGGGUCAGCUGUCAUUGGAGAUAUAUAUAAGCCGACCGAGCGCGCAACAGCCCUAGGCUGGUUCCUCAGCGGAACGCUCAUUGGUCCCGCCCUUGGCCCCUUCAUCGGCGGCAUCAUCGUCACAUUCCGUUCCUGGCGCGACAUCUUCUGGCUGCAAACCGCCCUCGCCGGCGCCGCAACCCUCUUCUGCUUCUUCCUGCAACCAGAAACCAUCCACAAGAAGCGUGCCGACGAACUCGAAGGUCUACCCCCUAAAGAACGCGCACAUAAAAUGUGGCAGUGGCUCAACCCGUUCCGCGUCGUCAAACUGUACCGUUACCCAAAUAUUCUUCUCACGGCACUGGCGUCCAGUUCCUUGGUGUGGAACAUGUAUUCCCUCCUAACACCAAUCCGAUACGUGUUGAACCCGCGGUUUGAUCUCCAAUCACCACUUCAAUCCGGCCUCUUCUACAUCGCGCCUGGAUGCGGAUACCUCCUCGGAACCUUCUUCGGCGGCCGCUACGCCGACCACAUUGUCAAAAAGUACAUCCGCAAGCGGGGUGAACGCGUCUCAGAAGAUCGACUCCGCUCCUGCGUCUUCUUCCUUGGCGGCGUCAUUCCAGCAUGCAUGCUCAUCUACGGAUGGAGCGUCGAGAAGCGUGUUGGCGGUAUUGCGCUGCCGGUUGUUAUGAUGUUCCUGCAGGGUGUGGCGCAACUUUUCUGCUUUCCUAGCCUGAACACGUAUUGUCUAGAUGUUAUGCAGGGGAGGAGUGCGGAGGUUGUGGCGGGCAAUUACUUCAUGCGGUAUAUGUUUGCUGCGGCGGGUAGUGCGGCGUGUUUGCCGGCUGUUAGAGCGAUUGGCGUGGGCUGGUUUAGUACGAUUAGUGCCGGGUUUCUUGUUGCGGGGGCUGCGGCGACGUAUCUGACUGCGGUGAAGGGUAGGGACUGGAGGGUUGCUAUUGAAGAGAAGAAAGCGAGGAGGAAAGAGGAGGGGUUGGCUUAGAGAGUUGGUGAGCCUCGAAGAGCUGUUGAAAGAAUUAUACCGACAAUUAAUAAAAUCACAUUGUAGCAUUGGUUUUGACUGCCAUUAUACAUUCUGCUGCCUCUAUUCCAGCCCAGACUGCCCUCCAAAUCUUCGCGUGCAAGUCUCACG